GCCCGCCCGCCGUCGUGGAGGUGGACAUCAUGGUGCGGAGCAUGGGUCCCAUCUCGGAGGUGGACAUGACGUACAGCAUGGACUGCUACUUCCGCCAGAGCUGGGUGGACCGCCGACUCGCCUUCCAGGGCAACAAGGAGACGCUGGCGCUGUCCAUCACCAUGCUGGAGCGCAUCUGGAAGCCGGAUACCUACUUCUACAACGGCAAGCAGUCGUACUUGCACACCAUCACCACGCCCAACAAGUUCGUGCGGCUCUACCAGAACGGCCGCGUCCUCUACUCGUCCAGUCGGCUACACGACGCGCGACGUGCUCUACCGGUGGAACACCAACCGGCAGGUCGCCAUCGCCGACGACAUGAAGCUGUCCCAGUUCGACCUCAUCGGCAACCCGACCAACAACCAGACCGACGUGCUCAAGACUGGUGAACACUCCAUGCUCCUAGUAUCCUUUCACCUCCAGCGGCACAUGGGGAACUUCCUCAUCCAGGUGUACGGGCCGUGCAUCCUGCUGGUCGUACUGUCCUGGGUGUCCUUCUGGCUCAACCGGGAGGCGACGGCGGACCGGGUGUCACUGGGGAUCACCACCGUGCUCACCAUGACCUUCCUGGGACUGGAGGCGCGCACGGACUUGCCCAAGGUGCCGUACCCCACCGCCCUGGACUUCUUCGUCUUCCUAUCGUUCGCCUUCAUCUUCGCCACUAUCAUCCAGUUCGCCGUGGUGCACUACUUCACAAAGUACGGCUCGGGCGAGUGCUACUUCAGCGCCGACUUCAUGUCCGACUCGGAGUCGGACGAGGACGAGGUGCGGCGGGAGUCUGCGCGGCGGCGCGCGCUGGAGAUGCCCGAGGUCAUCCCCCUGGAGCUGGGCACGCUCGGGCCGCUGCCCCUGGGCGGCGUGGGCCCCGGGGCCGGCGCCGCGCCCGCCUGGUCCUCGUGGUCGUGCUUCCGGUGCGGGUCGGCCCCCAGCGCCGCGGGCAGCGCGGCCACCAGCUCGGCGCCCAGCGCCGCCUCCAGCCCGGCCGUGCACAUGCGCACCCGGGUGCAGCCCGCGCCCAGCGCCGGCCACGGCCACCGCCUCAGCCUCCAGGGCUCCCGGUCCAGCAGGACGGGUCGGCGUCGGCACAAGCCCCGGACGCCGCGCUUCAACUCGGUCUCGCAGAUCGACCGCGCGUCCCGGGUCUUCUUCCCCCUCCUCUUCCUCACCAUCAACAUCGCGUACUGGUGCGCGUACCUGUCGCGCUCGCAGCGCAUUGCUCACUGACGCGUCACUGACGGGGACCAGCCGCCGGACUGCAGCGGGCUGUGUCGACUGGACAGUCGUGUGCCUCUGAAGUCGUUUCGAAGUGCCACGAAAUCUCUCUUUCUGACUAUCGUCGAUUAGUACUGUGUUACCACAAGAAUAUUUAUAAAAGGGGAAACUGUGAUGUGAUCUCUGUGCUCCAAGAGCACCAACAUUCGCUCUCGUCAUCAAGUAACAAGAAAACUGAUUUCAGUCUCAUGUUAUGGUUGUUUGUUACCUUAUAAUUCCAAUAAUUCUGUUCUUUUAUACGUGCCUCUCUCCCUAAUUUCGUUCACUAGCUUUAGGGAGAGAUCAAAGUUGUACAUUCAUUUAGCGUACGUUUCCUUGUAUUUUUAAGUCAACCCUGUUGUACUAGAUCUUUUGAAAGACCGGUAUGUAGUGAUCUAAUGAGAAAAAAUAUCGAGUAUUCCAUUUUAGAAAUACUGCCGUAUGAAAUCCAUUUUGAAACCCGUUAUCGAUGGAUCCUUUCGCCUAUCAGAGAGGGUUCUCAGUAUGCUUGUCUCUGUCGGUUUCGGGCGGCAUAUGAACAAAGAGUUGGAUCGACCAAAAAAGGCUGUUUAAAGUGGAAUGACCAAUCUCUGAAGACGUGGCAUGUACGAAGAGUUCUGCAAAAAGCAAGUUCUGCGCCAAAUAAAAUAUUUAAUUGAAGAUGGAA